CAGCCAUCGGACGUGCCUCAUACCACAAAGAGUGGCAGAGUCGUGGCACCUAAAAUGCUGUCAUCGUCAUUUGCAGAUCCGUUUAAUGUUUCGAUAGAAAUAUCUCAGGUGUCGGAGAGUGAUAACGACGACCUAUACGACUCGGACUAUGAGCCAAGCUUUACGGUGACAGCUGUACUACCAGAUGAAGUAAUAACAGCAACUGCAGAAGUGCCUUUUGAAGAAAUGGAGUUUGGCAUGGAGGUGCCGGAUGAUGAUGUCGGGGAGGAUGACACAACAGAAGAGGUUGGGCCGGCUAUCGAUCGGGUGAAAACGGAGGAUGACUGUACAAGAAUAACAGAUGACAUUGUCUGCCUGUCAUUCUUGAAACAGAUAAAGACACUGGCGAACACCCAUGUUACGCAGUGUACGCAUUGUUCCAGCCCUGUGGCAAUUGAGGAGAAAUUCGUGGGAUCAGCGUUGUAUCUGAAAUGGAUCUGCAAGAACAAGCACCUUGUGCACGAAUGGUGUUCACAGCCACUGUUAAAUAAACGCUUGCACAGCAUAGACUUCCUGAUUGCUGCGUCCAUUCUGACGUCAGGCAACAAUUUUCACAAGAUGGCUCUAUGGGCGGAGCACUUAAGACUGAAGUUUGUGUCGGAAGCCACGUUCCACAACAUUCAAAGAUGCUACCUGGUGCCAACAAUAGAGAACUUCUGGAGUGACCACCAGAAAGAAGUAGUAGCAGAGAUGAAAGACAAGGAGCUUGUUGUACUAGGCGAUGGACGAAUGGACUCUCCAGGUUAUUCUGCCCAGUACUGCAGCUACACUAUCAUGGAGAGUGAGUCUAAAAAAAUACUAACUCUUAAAACACUGGACAAACGAGUGACUGACAGAAAGUCUACGAAUAUGGAGAAGAAGGGAUUUAGCGACGCCCUGGGUGAAGUAAUGGCCAAAGGUUUGAAGGUGAAAGAAGUUGUCACAGAUGCGCACAUGGCAAUAGGAGCAUUCAUGAGGACUCAGUAUCCUGACGUGAAGCACUCAAACGAUGUGUGGCAUGUUGCAAAAAAUUUGGGGAAGAAGAUCAUUUCGGCAGGACAACAGAAAGGAUGCGAAUCCCUGCAGAAAUGGGCUAGAGACAUCAUCAACCAUUUCUGGUUUACGUGUCAAAAAGCGCAGACGUAUGCCGAGUUCCUGAACAUAUGGAGAAGCGUACUUAACCAUGUCGUUAAUGAGCACCACUGGAUUCUGCCCCAUGGGCGAGGAACAAACAAGUGCCUGCAUGGUCCACUGAAUGACGAUGAGCGGGACAAACCGUGGCUGGACAGAAAGGCAGACUCCGAAGCGUUGGCAACCCUUGCCAAGAUCGUUCUUGACAAACGGUUCCUCAACAGAGUCGGCUACGUGCUGAAUUUUAGAAGUACAUCUGCACUGGAGGUCUUCCAUAAUCACAUACUAAUGUACUGUGCGAAGAGGUUCGCCUAUACGCCUCCAGUCUAUAGGGCACGCAACCUGUUGGCAGCGUUGGACCACAACGUUCAUUUGGACAGGCCAUUGCUGAAGAAUAAGGAGGGCAGCGUUGUAUACGCACGACAUUACAACAAAAAAAGUGGGAGGUGGACGGCUUACCCGCGCAAGAUAAGGAAGACAUACCCGCACAUUAGGACUCUGAUUCGCCAGGCAUUGCUACGAAGACUCACGGACAAAGUUGGCAUGCGCGGCCAGCGUGUUUUGUCAGCUGAUGACCCCCGAAGGCUGUCAGCAAAUCUCGCUCCAAUAGCACCGCCAGCGACAAGUCAGCUUGUGGAACAGCAUGUCUCACGAUUUGACACUGGAAAUUAGAGUUGUGUGGUGUGGUAUAACUUUAGGCUAAUCUGUCAGCUAAAAAGCCAGUGUAUUGUCCAAAAGCAUCUGGAAAUUUGUCUCUAAUU